CGUGAUGACGUAGGGCGGAAACUUGCAGGAGUGAUUCUUUCUAGAAUUCUGUAGCUGCAUCUGGCUAAUAGUCGCUGGGGAGGUCCAUCUGUGCUUGUUCUGAAAGAAAACAGCCGGUUUCGCGUUCAACAACAAACUCACGGUUCUUAUACGUUCCUCCGCAUCGGGAUUUCUGCUGCAGAAUUACAUUUUCUCCUUACGUUUGUUUAACCUUCCAACUUAUCCGACUUAUAGGAGGCUAACUCGGUUAGCUUUUGGUUCUAGCUCGCAGGAUGUCCAGGAUAGACUACAGCGUGUGGGAUCACAUUGAGGUCUCAGAUGAUGAAGAUGAUACCCACCCGAACAUCGACACACCGAGCCUCUUCAGAUGGAGACACCAGGCUCGUGUGGAGAGAAUGGAAGAUUUCCAGAAAAAAGGCGAAGAAUUCAAUAAAAGUCUAAUCGAUUGUCGGCGUAAGCUGGCAGAGACACAGAAGAAACUACAGCAGCUGAGCGUUGCCUCGUCGGAUGAUGCCAAAGCAGAGCUGAACAAAGUCCAGGCGGAGGAGAAGAAAUUAAAGAAAGAGGAACGAGAUAUGGCGAAGAAGUUGGAGGAACACCGAAGAGAAGAGAAGAAGAUGCCCUGGAAUGUGGACACGCUCAGCAGAGAUGGUUUCAGCAAGAGUGUUGUUAAUGUCAAACCUGAGGCUGCAGAUGAGACUGAAGAGGACAAGGAGCAAAAACAUAAAACCUUUGUGGAGAAGUACGAGAAGCAGAUCAAACAUUUCGGCAUGUUGCGACGUUGGGACGACAGCCAGAAGUACCUCUCUGACAAUCCUUAUCUUGUAUGUGAAGAAACUGCCAACUAUCUUGUCAUCAUGUGCAUUGAUCUUGAAGUGGAAGAGAAGCACGCAUUGAUGGAGCAAGUGGCUCAUCAGACUAUAGUCAUGCAGUUCAUACUUGAGUUGGCAAAAAGCCUGAAAGUGGACCCCCGUGGCUGCUUCCGCCAAUUUUUUGCCAAGAUUAAGACAGCUGACCAACCGUACCAGGACGCUUUCAACGAUGAGCUCGAGUCGUUCAAGGAGCGAGUUAGAGGAAGGGCGAAGAUCCGCAUAGAGAAGGCCAUGAAGGAAUUGGAAGAAGAAGAACGGCAGAAGCGCCUGGGUCCUGGUGGGCUUGAUCCCGUUGAGGUUUAUGAAACUCUGCCACCUGAAAUGCAGAAAUGCUUCGAUGAAAAAGACAUCCAAAUGUUACAAGAUGUCAUUAGCAAAAUGGACCCAACAGAGGCAAAACAUCACAUGAAGAGAUGCAUCGACUCCGGGCUCUGGGUCUCUAAUGCCAAGGGAGAAGAGGAUGGAAAAGAUGAGGAACCCACCUAUGAAGAGGUGAAACAGGAGCAGGAAGAAACAAAGGAUGACUGACCAGAUUGACCCAGCUGAUUUGGUGUUUGUUUUGCAUAUGUAUUUACCCACUGUAAUGCAGCUCCGUUAUGUGUACGAUUAGUUCGCAGAUGAAUGAAAUAAGUUCUUUGAAUAUGUUUUGCUGGGAUCUAAAAGUUGAGUGUUCACUUAGCAACACAACAUGGAGGCAUCAGUGACCCUGCUUGGACAUAAAACUGCUGAUUGUGCUAAAAGUGAUCACUGAAGCUGGGUCCUUUCAUUUAUUUGUAUACACUUUUGUAGGUAUCAACAAACAUGUCUGGUUUCUUUGUGCUGGUGUAUAGUCUUUAGAUUUUUGCGUUCUUUUGGGGUCAGUGUUUUAAAAUGCAAGAAUUUAUUUUGAGCUUAUACACCUAAUUUGACAUUUUCUAUUGACUUCUGGGAACUUGAACUAUGUUCACUCUGUGUAAAAGACAUUUCCUCCACAGAAAUGUAUUCAUUCAACAGAUAAAUUAAUGACCGUUUGCCACUUCUUUGCUUGAACCAACAUUUUAGACAGUGUUACCAUGUCACUGAUUUGACAUUUGCUUAUGUUUCUGCUUAAUGUUUCCAACAUCUAAAUGUUUGCUUCUUCUGCACGCUUUAGCCACCUUCUUCAAAAUAGUCAAGAUGGAGCAAGUGCUCACCAGUCCAAAGACUUAUCAUUGGCCUUCAUCAGAUCGUGUGGCAUUUUGAAUGGAUUCUCAACUUUCAUUCAUGCUUUUUGUUUUGACAAUUAGUCGACCCAGAAAUUUGCAUGUUGUAGCUCAUUUUUCAAAAUACAAUUAUGUUUAUGUUGGCUUUUACUCUAAAUGACUAAAUAAAGUUAAUCCUUGUUGAAAA